AUGAGCACCGACAGGUGGCCGGAGGAGAGCGCCGAGGGAGGUGCUGGGAGAACGGAGCGGAAGCCCACGGCCAAAGAUGCCUUCAAAGACAUUUCCACAUACUUCUCCAAGGAAGAAUGGACAGAGAUGGGAGAAUGGGAAAAAAUCCGAUAUAGGAAUGUGAAAAAGAACUAUGAAGCACUGAUUACUAUAGGUCUCAGAGCCCCUCGGCCAGCUUUCAUGUGUCACCGCAGGCAGGCCAUCAAACCCCAGGUGGAUGACCCUGAGGAUUCUGAUGAAGAAUGGACUCCAAGGCAGCAAGUGAAACCUUCUUGGGUGGCCUUCAGAGUGGAGCACAGUAAACACCAGAAGGUAAUGCCCCCGGUGCCAUUAAGUAAUGAAUCUAGUUUGAAGAAAUUGCCAGGAGCAGCGCAACUGCAGAAGGCAAGUGGCCCUGCGCAGGCCCAGAGCCCAGCGCCCCCUCCUGGAGCAGCAAGCACCUCUGCACGGCACACUAGACAAAAGCUGGAACGCAGAACAAAGCAGAUUGAAGUGAAGAUGUACAGCCUACGAGAAAGAAAGGUCCACGUGUACCAAGAGGUCAGCGAGCCCCAGGACGACGACUACCUCUAUUGUGAGACGUGUCAGAACUUCUUCAUUGACAGCUGUGCUGCUCACGGGGCCCCUACAUUUGUAAAGGACAGUGCAGUGGAGAAGGGGCAUCCCAACCGCUCGGCCCUCACUCUGCCCCCUGGAUUAAGUAUCAGACCAUCAGGCAUCCCUGAGGCUGGGCUUGGAGUAUGGAACGAGGCAUCCGAUCUGCCGUUGGGUCUGCACUUUGGCCCCUAUGAGGGCCGGAUCACAGAAGAUGAAGAGGCCGCCAACAGUGGAUACUCCUGGCUGAUCACCAAAGGGAGAAAUUGCUACGAGUAUGUGGAUGGAAAGGACAAGUCCUGGGCCAACUGGAUGAGGUAUGUGAACUGUGCCCGGGAUGAGGAGGAGCAGAACCUGGUGGCCUUCCAGUAUCACAGGCAGAUCUUCUACCGAACCUGCCGGGUGGUCAGGCCGGGCUGUGAACUGCUGGUCUGGUACGGGGACGAGUACAGCCAGGAGCUCGGCAUCCAGUGGGGCAGCGGGUGGAAGAGCCAGCUCGCGGCGGCGGGCAGAGGUGGGAGCCACCACUCUUCCAAUGCAAAGCAAGAAGCACUCCUGGGGAGCUUUCAUGGCCCGGCUCUUGACCAGAGUAAACUCCAGUCUGGACAGACCCAAAGCCCAAGAUCCAUCCAUGUGGCUCCUUCUCUCUGGCCUUCUUCAGUCAGAAAAUCCUCAGCCAAAACGUGGAACGCAGUCACCCGUCUCAGGUCCUCCCGAGAACACCCGCAAGAGACCGCAUCCAACCACAGGAUCCCUGCCCAGGCUAUCAAAAUCGGCAGCAGCAAUAUUCUGAUCCACACAGCUGGAGUGACAAACCUGAAGGUCAAGAGGUCAAGGAAAGGUCCAAACCUUUGCUGA